AUGCAAGCCUCACGAGUAUCCUCUCGCGCUAUCAAGCACCUCGCCAGCUCGACGCAGGCCAAGAGCCUUCGUACGACUGCAUCAACUGCCCGCGCCUUCACAACCGCCAUACUCCCUUCAAAACGACCCGGUCCAUCCAUGACUUCAACGUCUGAUCGCAAUAGUCAGACCUUCCAUACGUCCAACAGCUUGCUCAACAGUCUUGAUUGGGACCCCGAUUCCAAGGUCGAUCCGAUCGGUGUGCCUUCAGCCCCCGCUGUAGUGCCGAAGUUGCGUGAAGCGCCUACGGUUGCGAAGACAGAGGCCGAAUUUGUUCCGACCAUUUAUGCCGUAGAUGGCGACAGUUCACGCAUUGCUGGCCCACAUGAUCAGCUCUGA